AUGAUUGAUGAUCAAGAUCUGGGUUUCUUUGCCAAUUUUCUUGGCGUCUUCAUCUUUGUACUGGUGAUAGCAUACCAUUUUGUCAUGGCUGACCCAAAGUUCGAAGGAAACUAGGAAUUUGAGUUCAAGAUGUAAUUUUUAUGUUGUAGACCGGGAUGCUUUGCAAAUGGAAAUCAAUUUGAUACAAUCAAGGACUCAGAUUUGGGAAUGUGAAUUUUAGCUUACUACUAAAACUUUUAUAAGCAUCAGAGGAGAGCUUAAUACUUAAAAUUUAGCUAUACCUAUGUGUGUUUCCUUAAGUUAUGUUUUGCAGUUAAGGAACUUUCAUUGUGAAACUAGUCAAAAUACUGAAUUUGGUACAGCUGGGAGAUGGGUUUGCUAAGAGAUAUAAAGCAUCCACUUCUCAUUCAACAUCUUUUAUUGGAUAGGCGAUCUAGUAAGCAUAAGUUGUAUGCCUUUUUUUUCCCCCCUUAUUUUUUCCUCUUCCUUUCUGUUGUUAGAAGGCAGGUUCUAACAUGAAAAUAUAUUAGGUUUGCCGAGA